CGUGCUGCUGUGGGCUCGAGAGAUAGAGAGCCGUGGCACUGACAAACCCCACAGACAUUGUGAGUGGAUCUCCACAAUUCCUUGCCUAGAUUGCAUUUAGCAGCAUCCUGUAGCAAGAUGGGCUGUACUACGGGGCACUUCACUUGCCAACCACAGACGGCAGCAGCGGCCCCAACCCAGGAAGGCCAGUCGCAUGAAGAAACUCCUAAAGUCCCAGACGUGCUGUCGUCCCUAGAGAAGCUCUCGCAAGCCACGGGAGGGAUGGAGAAGUCUUGGUACCGCUGCAUCUUCCCAUUUGGGAUUAUAUCGUUGGUGAUUGGAGUGGCUGGAACUGGGGUAACGUACACGUACAACGAUCUCCCGCAGACCAAGGUGGUUUCUGUGGUCCUGUUGAUCAUGGGGCUGGUCCUGGUACUGAUGGCGGCUGCUUGCUGGACGGUCCAUAAGAAGAAGCGCAGGAAAAAGAAGGAAGGAGGUUCCUUUAGCUCCGAACAGUGUCCCUUGUGACGGCGGCCAAAGAAAAUGGUGGCGGAUAAUAGACCGAGAUCUCUGUCCACUCAGUUAUCCGUGGUGGACAAGUUGCAAAGGACAGGUCCUCUCUGAGAAUCCUGCGGAAAAUACGACGUAGGCUGGCAUGAGGGUUCACCGGAGUCACACAUGCAGUUUACCGUUGCUCAGCAGGUGUCUGGUAUCAAAACAAGCCUGGAGAGGGACACACAUCCCUGCACACACACACACACAGGACACUUAACACUAACCGCGAGCCUCUCGCGUAGCCUCUGCUGCCAUCAAUGCUGCUGUUAGUCUCCUGCAUUCCUGUUAUGCUGAAGAAAUGGGCCAGCGGCGGCAACCAGACACCGCGACGAAAGAGGAGUUCACCUCCGUCACCGUCACACGUCAUUCUCCCGUCCGGUGACACCGUAGCAAUGUGCAAGCUUUUUUACGCAGUGGAACUUGAACCUGUGUCUGCAAGCUGGAACCGGCAGCUGCGGAUCAGGAUAGGAAGAAAGCACGGACUGUAGAGGUCGAGAAUGUGUCCGUCUGCAUGUGUGUGUGGAAUAUGUAUGCUGGAUUGACUUAAGAGACAGAACACCUACUCAGCCUCUUUCGCCAUCCUUCAAUCGUAGUCGCUAAUGAUUUAGGACAGGGGUGCAGCACCCGAUAUCAAGGACCCAAAGACCCAAGCUUGAUAUAUUGGGAAUUUUACACAGUGUACAGUGUGUUAAAGGAGUUUUGCUUUGGAUUGUGUAUGUGUAAUUCUAUCUGGCAAAUCCAGGACUCUUCAAGGACCUCAUAUAGUUGGUAUUCAGAAAAACAACAGAGGAAUUUUAUAACGCACACGGUUCAGAGAAAGGCAAGCAAACCUAAGGGUCUUUUGUUCUGAGAUAGCCUGCAAAGAAAAUUCAUUUCCUGCCUGACAGAUGAACAGGAUUAGUUGAGGGGUGGCGGGGGGUACAAGGGUAGACAAGUCAAAAGUGUAAGUAGAUUUUUGUUCUUGUUCCAGUGCCUUGAGCAAGUGAUAGGACUUAGCAUAGUACAGUAGCUCUGUUUUACCCCUCCGUCUCUCUUUUCCUAUUCCAAUGCCAGCUUUAAAACUCAAACUCAGCUAUUUCAGCAUGGUCUCCUCACCCCCAAAAACAACACGCAUAAAUAUGUUGUCACUUUGACCUGGUCAGAGCUCACAAAGGCUGAAGCUUACAUCCGUUUUCACAAUGGGAAUACUGCUUAUUUACAUUGCCUUGAUCUGGGAAGCAUUUGGCACUUUUUGUUAUGGAUACAGUGGGUGGGUAACGGAUAAUGAAUUAAAGGGACAGUUCACCUAAAAAUUUAAACUCUGUCAUCCUGGUUUUGUUCCAAAUCUGAAUGGAUUGCUUUAUUCUGGGUAAGACAAAAAAAAAUAUUUUGAAUCUCUGUGGGGUCCAAAACAACACUUUUGAUGAUCUGUGUGUGAAAAAAAAACACGGACAUUUUUCAAAAUAUUUUCUUUUAUGUUCCAAAGCAGAAAGGAAGUCGUACCAAUCUGAGGGUGAGGAAACGAUGACAGAAAUUUCCUUUUUGGGAAAGUUUAGCCUUCAGAUAUCUCAUAAAUCCUGUUAACACUAAAAUUCGGAGACGGACAAAAAUCCAUACCAAUUCAGAGGUUAAUACCCUUUUCCUUUCACAGAAAGCUUAUCAAUUGAAAUGAUUUGACCGUGUUGAGGAGUGGAUUUGUUAUC